AUGCUUCCAAAACAAAAUUUUACCUGUCCACAAUUAUUUGCAUUUGAUUGUGAUCAGCCUAAUUGUUGUGACAAUUAUCAUAUGCGAUUUGUAUUUCUUAUUUUUACUGUGGGUGUCUUGGCAUUAGCAUUACUUGUUGCAUUAAUUUGGUUACUGUUUGAAUUUAAUGUUGUUUGUCGAUGCUUGAAAAAUAAAUUUAGUAAAAAGAAUCAUGAAAUUUCGGAGAUAGAUGCAAAGUCAUAUGAAGAAACAAAAUAUCUUCGUCGCCUUUCUGAACUCAACCCAAAUUGUAGAAGAGAUAUGAUUGAAAGCUAA